AUGUCCGGUCCUCCGCCCCCUCUCCCGUCCAACGUCGUGAUCUUUGGCCCCUCGGCCAACUGCACCCUCGACAUCUGCCCCAUCGAGUACAGCCUGUACAAGUACCGCCCGAACCUCGCCGUUAACGCGCUGUUCCUCGCGCUCUUCGCCCUCGCCGGCGCCGUCCACGUCUACCUCGGCAUCCGCUGGCGCUCCUGGUGGUUCAUGACCUUUAUGCUCGCCGGCUGCCUCAGCGAGAUUGUCGGUUACGUCGGCCGCAUCAUCAUGUACAACAACCCCUUCGAGUUCAUCGCCUUCAUGCUCCAGAUCGUCUUCAUCACGAGCGGGCCCGUGUACUAUACCGCCGCCAUCUACGUGACCCUUUCCAAGGCGUAA